CUGGCGCGGGGGCCACCGGACCGGGGCGGGCCACCGGCCCCCACCGGGUUCACGUGUUUUCGUCCUUCAGCCUCCAGCCGCGUCCCCAGCGGCAAGUGUUUCUCUGGUUGAAAGCGGGUUCUGCGUUUCAGGUAACCUACAGAGAAGUCAAGUGCAUGAUACAGCGCGUUGGCGGUGUUGAUAGGAAAGGGGUCAGGACAGGGUAUGCGUGCUAAGCAUGGAGGAGGAUGAAGAGGAAGACUACAUGUCUGAUUUGUUUAUUAAGCAGGAUGUAAGACCAGGCUUGCCCAUGGUGAGGCGUGUGAAGGAAGCUAUUCAGAAGGAAGAAAAGCAAAAAGAAGCCAAUGAGAAGAACAGACAAAAGAGUAUAAAAGAAGAAGAGAAAGAGAGACGUGACUUGGUAUUGAAAAGUGCAUUGGGCAAUGAGAACAAAGGCUUUGCUUUGCUCCAGAAGAUGGGCUACAAGAGCGGCCAGGCCCUUGGCAAAAGUGGAGAAGGCAUUGUUGAACCUAUUCCUCUGAACAUAAAAACAGGCAGAAGUGGGCUUGGUCAUGAGGAAUUAAAAAAGCGAAAAGCUGAAGAAAAACUAGAAAACUAUAGACAAAAACUCCAUAUGAAAAAAAAAGCAAAUGAACAAGCUGCAGAUCAGUUCAGAGUAAGAUUCAAAAACAAACAAGAAGAACGUAAGAUGGAAGGGGACCUCCGAAAAAGCCAGAGGGCCUGCCAGCAAUUAGAUAUGCAAAAAGAUAUCGAUGUUCCCAAGGAGACUUGGUAUUGGCUAGAACCUGAAGAGGAAGACAAAGAUGACGAAGACAAGGAAGAUGAAUGCACAAGCUCAGACUUAAGUGUGUCAGAAAAGCUACACAUCCUGACUGCCUAUCUGAGAGAAAAACACUUUUAUUGCAUUUGGUGUGGAACAACCUAUGAAGACCCUGAAGACUUAUCUUCAAACUGCCCUGGUGACAGUGCUGCAGAUCAUGACUAAAGCCUUUCUCUAGGAAGGAGUCCUAGAUAAGUAUGUAUAGUUCAUAGUAUCUUUUAGAAGGUUCAGAGCUGUGCCGUACUGAAGAAUUCACACCAAAGUAUGCAGAAAAAUAGUUACAUUGACAGGUUAAAUGCCUUUCUGAAGCAUUUUAUGGAUUUUCUGCUUGAUGCACAAUUUAUCAGGAAUUAAAACUUUGCAUUUAUAAUUGAACUACCAUAAUUGAGAGGCAGGUUAAGCCUUCCACGGUCUUCGGUUAUGCACUGCCCAACUGAAUAAGAUCAUCUGAUAAUAAAAUUCAAAUUUGAGUAAGGGAAUAAAUGCUGUCUAGUUACUUCUGUUGUAUGUGUUAAACAGGUUUUUUCAUCUUUACAGAGAUGACUAAACAUCAGACUUUUUUCCUUACUCUCUCAGACCUGGUGGGGAAAAAAAAAGCUUGUGAAACACUACUUCUAUUAUUUGCACCAAUAUUCUGUUGUAUGUGAGGGUGCACAUUUUGCAUAACUAAAUAGUAACAGAUCAUGA